CGGUGGGCGCAGUGAGCGCAGUCACAGCAGGACACAUCCGGUCGGCCUUGUCGUUUGGUAGAUAAUAUCGGAUAGCCGCUAUCAGAUUGGAAAUUUCCUUGGACGACAGAACACGACAAACCGUUUCAAGCAUUCUCUUGUAGCAGCCGCUGGGCUUCAGUGCCGUGUUCUUCUGUCGUGCCUUUGGAUUACAUCGCAACGAUCGGUGUGCACGCUUGGAAACAUGACUUUUGCACCAUGCUCACCUGAAGCCACACAAGAACACCUUCAGGUCCGGUCUUUAUCACUCUGUUGCAAGGAAGGUGAGGCAUCUGAUGAAACGCCAAGCGAUACAGCUGCCUAUCGGGAGCCUGGUCGUGGCAACCCGUUCAUCGAGCCGGAGAUUUCCGACUUCUGGACUACACUGGUUCGCGACAUCACCGAAAGGCAAGCAUGGAGAGUGAAGGCAUUCGACGACAACAGUGAACGCUUGCUGGAUGCCUACUCCGAAGAUGUGCGCCAUUACCCACUUCCAGAGGAAAGAAUCCGCAUGAAGCAUCGCAGGAACGCGGCCCUCAAGCUCAGAGCGGAUCCGGAGCGCUGGUCCCGACUCGUUUUGGCUGGGCUGAGAGAACUGGCUGCGGACACACCGGGCCCGGCCACUGCUGCCAUAGGCCGCUCCGGCCUGCUGUACGCCUUCCGAGACUUUGCGACGCACAUUCGCUACUUCCGGAUCACGCGUGGCCUCAUGGAAGCGGCGGGCGUGGCCGUGCCGCUGACUGCCAACGCGUCUUCGUCCGUACACGACGUGGACAAGCUGGACCCCGUGAUGCUGGCGGGAUACUGUGAGCGCUGGGAAGACGUUCGCGACACAGCUCUGUGGCACGCCUGCCUCGAAUACCACUACGCCAUCAACACGCACCACCAGCAGAACGAAUUGUGGCACAUGGAGGAAAGCGAGACCAAGGAGGAACAGUGCUGCCGGGCGCUGCCAGAGUUGCUGUGUGACAAGGCGUCGCGCAAGUUGCAGAAGGAUCUGAACGGCGUGGUUUCUCCGACGAUGUGGUCCGUGGAGACACAGUUCUACCUGGGAAUGCCCGACAAGUGGUUCGACCGUGCACUGGAAAUGGCCGCCUCGCUGGCUUCGUGUCGUAAAAUACACCAGGACCGACACUUUACGCGCUUAACACAGCACCUUGGCUGUGCGACGCAUGUGCUCCUUCUGUUAGCUUUAUUUUUCCGAGUUGCUAUAUAGUGGCUAGCGCAGCUGGCAACCUACACGAAGCUAUUUUCUUUUUGUUUUUCAUAUACUGAUCGGACGAAAUUUAUCACCUCGUUAUCUGGCUGACAUAGUGCCUUCUGCUGUGCAUGUAGCGCUACUCAUGAGCAAUGACACGCAUUUGUUUUGGCUCUUGAGCAAAGCUUUGUUGACGUCCUUUUGGUCUCUUGUAGCCUUCGGUACACAUUGUUCACGGAACCUGUUGAAUUUGGGCAUAGAUUUUCGCAGGCGCAUGUCGACAUAUUGAAAGCUGCUAAGACGCCUGACAAAGCACGUGAAUGACAUGUUCGUCGACUGAGUGCUAAUAAACGUGGGGGAAUUUAUACUGACUGUGUCGAUUUAAAUUCACUACGAAAAAAAUUGGAGGACGUUUAAGCUUCACCUUUAAGAGUGGAACGCGACAGCGUUAUCGGGCCCUGUUCGCGUCGCAUUUUUCUUUAUGAGUAGGCUUCACUGCAACACACAACCUGAGAAUGCCAGCUUACAAAGACCAAGCUUA